UCAACAAAGAGGCGUCAUAACACAGUUCGGCGCUUGUAAAACUGGACGCACAUAGUUUGUACAGUACGUGUUGAGAAAAAUUGUUCCUAGAAGCAGUAAACUGAUAUCAACAUGUCCGGCAUCGCAGCAUCGCGACUUGGUGAAGAACGUAAAGCAUGGCGUAAAGAUCAUCCUUAUGGAUUUGUGGCUCGUCCAGUUAAGAACAUCGAUGGAUCACUGAACCUGAUGACAUGGGAGUGUGCCAUUCCCGGAAAGAAAGGAACAGCCUGGGAAGGAGGACUGUACAGAUUGAAGAUGAUUUUCAAAGAUGACUACCCGACCAGCCCGCCGAAGUGCAAGUUCGAGCCACCGUUAUUCCACCCGAACGUGUAUCCAUCCGGUACGGUCUGUCUGUCACUGUUGGAUGAGGAGAAAGAUUGGCGUCCCGCGAUAACUAUAAAACAAAUUUUGCUGGGUAUACAAGAUCUGCUAAAUGAACCCAACAUUAAAGACCCGGCACAGGCAGAAGCAUACACAAUAUAUUGUCAAAACCGACUCGAGUAUGAGAAACGCGUACGUGCUCAGGCCAGAGCUAUGUCGGCCACGGAUUGAAGCGCAUGGAAAUAAAUAUAUUUAAUCACAGACCUAUAGCAGACGGCUGAACUCUAAUUUAAGUCAUCCUAACCAUCGUUGUUGUCACCUUAGGCAUAGUUGAAUAAAAAUUUUACAAUACACAGUAUCAACGUAAAUAAAAAGUUCUCUUGGAUAACAUACGACACAGUAACACGAUGUGUGGCUAGACGAGCAUGGACUUUACCUGCAAAGAUUCUUUUUUAUACGAUAUUGAUUUAAUAAAAACGUUUUCUUCUGAUAGAUGCUCUA